AUGUUUGCUUGGAUGAGCUCAACUGGCCAUGCUUUACACAUACUUAUCGUUUUGCCAAGAGUUAUCAUGACCUCCAUUAAUCCAUCGUCCAUCCUUAGGGAUCAUCUCUAUUCCAUAGAUGACAGAUUGAAAAGAGGGAGGCCGCCUCCUUUGCUUAAGAGCGCUGAUGAAGAUAUAAUCAUUGACGAGGAGCCAGCGCCGGAAACAACUCCAGUGGUUGAUCCCGCAUCCAUAUCGAGAUGCUGCAUAGAGAGGGGUCUAUUUUUGGUAGUCCCUUUAUUCUUCCAAUAUCCGUGUGGCACCAGCAAGGGUUGGUCAGAGUGGGUUGACCGUGAAUUGAGGAACCCCUCCACUUGUGACAUUCUAAGUCGGGCAGGGGUGCUGGAUGCCAUCUUUAUUUCUAAAGCUUGCGACAUUCAUAUUGAAGCCAAGAUGCUCCGGCACGUGGUUAGGUGA